GAGGAAGGAGAGACUUUGGAAUUGAAAAAGAUCUUAAAGUCAAAUCUAUCCUUUAGAGACUUCAAGAAGAGGAAGAAGAGGAGCAGCAGGACUUUAAAGAGUUCAACAGGAAGAAGAAGAAGAGGAGCAGCAGGACUUUAAAGAGUUCAACAGGAAGAAGAAGCAGAGGAGCAGCAGGACUUUAAAGAGUUCAACAGGAAGAAGAAGAAGAGGAGCAGCAGGACUUUAAAGAGUUCAACAGGAAGAAGAAGCAGACUGACCGUAGAGAUGGACAUCGUGUCCGUGGUGCGUUCAGGCUCAGCCAUGGAGAGUCUGGAGCAGCAGCUGAGCUGCCCCAUCUGUCUGGAGAUGUUCACCAAGCCGGUGGUGAUCCUGCCGUGUCAGCACAACCUGUGCCGAGGCUGCGCCAACGACCUGUUCGAGUCCAGGAACGCCUACCACUACUCCGGGGGGACCUUCAGGUGCCCCACCUGCCGCCACGAGGUGGUCCUGGACCGCCACGGCGUGUUCGGCCUGCAGAGGAACCUGCUGGUGGAAAACAUCAUCGACAUGUACAAACAGCAGCAGGAGGGCAAGGGCCAGCUGGAGGAGGAGGAGGAGGUGAGGAAGAAGGAGGGAGGAGACGAGCCGCGCUGCAGGGAGCACGAAGAGGAGAAGAUCAACAUCUACUGCGUGACCUGCAAGACCCCCACCUGCUCCAUGUGCAAGGUGUUCGGCGCUCACAAGGACUGCGAGGUGGCGCCGCUGCUCUCCGUCUAUAAUACCCAGAAGGCCGAGAUGCGUGUUGCCGUGGAGACGCUGGCAGCUAGCAGCGCGGCGCUACAGGCGGCCGUCGCUCAGAUGGACGACGCCUGCUCGCUCAUCGUGGAAAACGGCGAGCGGCAGAGGAGGCGUUUGGGCGAAAGUCUGGAUCUGCUGUACGCCAUCUUGGAGGAGAAGAAGGGCGAGUUACUGGAGAACAUCGGGAGGGAAGAGAGAGAGCGAGUGGCGAAGCUAAACGGCGUCGCGGCGCUACAUCGCCAGCAGCUACAGCUAAGCGCCGCCAUGCAGGAGAAGCUAACGGCUAGCAUGCAGACGCAAUGCAGCGCCGCCAGCUUCCUAUUGGACGCCAAGACGCUGAGGGAGGAGGCGGAGCUAGUGGCGGGCGGCGCCCCCCCGAAGGGACCGGAGCCAGGGGUUGAGAGUCUGGAUCACAUGACCAUCGACACCUCAGAGGCCCAGAGGCUGCUCAGCGCUAUGGAGUUCAGACGGGAGUGAGAGGGGCUUUUAUUGUGAAGGGCACCGUGUGGAGGCAGAGUUUCAGAAUAAGAGCUGAACUUUGAAUACAUUUAUUCGUCCAACAGAUGAGAUUUACUCACUUAGUGUUAUGAACGAUAAAGAGACUUUAUUCUGGACAUGUUGAGUGAACACAACAAGGAGGCUUUUAUUCUGAAGGUCAAAAGGUCUAGGAGUAAACCUGACAUUUCAAAAUAAGAGCUGGACUUUUGGAUUCCUUUAUUAUUCCGUUAUUCGUCCCACAGAGGAGAUUUACUCGAGUAUUAUGAACGAUAAAGGGACAUGACGAGUGAACACACCAAGGAGGCUUUUAUUCUGAAGGUCAACAUAAGGAGGGAUCAUUUCAAAAUAAGAGCUUUUGAAUUCCUUUGUUAUUCCGUUAUCCGUCCCACAGAUGAAGGGAACUUUAUUCUGGACUCGACGAGUGAACACACCAAGGUGACUUUUAUUCUGAAGGUCAAAAGGUCCAGGAAUAAACGUGACAUUUCAAAAUAAGAGCGUUGAGUACGAAAGACAGACUUUAUUCUGGAAACAUGAAAAGCCUGACGUUCCUCAAACACCAAGAAAAUACUUUUCGACUUUUUAUACUUUUUCUAUUUAUGUGUUUCCUCGUGCGGACGAAGUCUGGAGAGAUUUAUUUAUAUCGUGUUUUCUGCUGUAACUCGUGAACGUGUUAAUAAAGUUUGACGGUGACUCUG